UUGCCCUAAAAGGCAGGCUAGAUCAAGAAAUUCAAGAAUAGAUGUCAGAUGAUUAUUCAAAUUAGUUAACAACUAAGAAGUUAACUUAGUACUAGAUCUAGAUUAGAUCUAGUUUAGUAGGUUAGGUAAUCUAUCAUCGCUUAGAGAAAUAACUCAAAAUGCCCAGACUACCUACUGCUAAGACAUUUUCAAUUAUUAAACUUGCUCUUCAUGGUUGUGCAAAUAGACCUUUUUAUCAUAUUGUGUUGCUAAACAAUACAUCCGAUAGAGAUGCUACACCUUUUGAGCAGUUGGGUACCUACGAUCCCAUGCCAAACAUGUUCAAUGAAAAAAUUGUCUCUCUAGACAUUGAAAGAAUUAAAGUUCAUCUUGCUAACGGUGUAGCCAUGAGCAAGCCUGUGGAAAAUCUUUUAGGGCUGAGUGGUUUACUACCUGUGCAUCCAGUCAGUUAUCUGAAAGCAUUUCGAAAAAGGAGGAGUUUGGAAAUAGCAUCUAGAUCUAGUGAUGAACAGAAUUCUAAUGAAAAUAAUCCUGAAUAAAUUUUUGGCUUA